UGUCCGCUUAUCAUUGUGGAUCUAGUUCAGCACUUACUGCUGGGUGGAACAUUUCUGCCUCCCUUUGGUUCCCUGGGGAAUGUUUUGAUCAGCAGGAUUACAAGACCACUCCUUCUUCCUGUCUUAGAAAGAAAGCCUUUUCCUGUAUCUCAGAUGCCACAUGUUAGCUGUCUGCAUAGGAUUUCAUGGAAGAUGUCUGCAGAAAAUCCCUAAAGCUUAAAGUUUGUACCCCCCUUGGCAAGUGGAUCGAGUUUUCACGGUGCUAUGGUGCUAUGGUGCUAUGGUGCUAUGGUGCUUACGAUAUUCAUGUUUACGGUGCUCAAGGAGAUAAAGAAAAUAAUAUUCAACCCUGCUGCGCACCUUUGUUCCGAAAUAAUAAAACUACUGCACCCGUCAGAAGCUCUCCUCUUGUUAUUUAUUCGAUGCCAAAGGGGCCGUAACAGUGAAAACUCGUCGCUGCGGUGGAGACUCGACAUCACCAGCUGCGUCGCUGUCUUCAUCGAACCGUGAGUAAAGGCUUCCCAACGCCUCGCAAGACACGUGCGGACGCCAUCUUGGCAACAGAGACUUGGCUAAAAAAGUAAACGUGUCACGUGGACUUUUAAAUAUAGCGGGCUCUUUAUAUGUGAUCCGGAAGCCGCCCUUAACUAGUAUGCGAGCCAAAUAGUUAAUAUUUUGCUAAACCAGUGAUCAAGUUAUUAUAUUCGUGUUUAGAGGCCUAGUGUCAGAUUUAAAGCAACGCUAUCUUCCAAGUUCCUAAUCCACUAAACUGCAGUUAUUUACGUAAAGGGUUAAUUGUCUGGUUAGAAAGUGUCAGCAGUAUAUUCGUUUAAAACAUUUUGUAGUACUGUAUGCAUUGUUUGCUAAUCUUUAGUUACAAGUGUGAACACCUGUUAUCUGUCGUAGCCCUUAGUAGCAAGUUUGAGCCAACACUCAUUCAAGUUAGGUUUCAGGCACACUCACACUUGAAAGGCAAAGGCACACUAGAACAAAAUGUUGUCACCUGCUGAAGAAACAGACAAACCCACAGAGUCACAACAGGUACGAUCCAGCUCUAGAGAGCGAAGCCUAACAGAAAAGGGCAAAGAAAUGCACGAAGAAACAGUUAAGAAAAAUGAAAAGGCAUUCAACAAGGUGUGCAACUCUUGGAAGGAGCUAGCAAAGGAAUGUAGGACAAAGUUAAAAGGUUUCUGCUCAACUGAAGACUUUAAUACAAGAUUGAAAGAGAUUAAAGCCAAAGAAGCGUUAGUGCACCAACAGUAUGAGUCCAUGUGCCGAAAUAAUUCCACUACCCCGUACGUUGUUAAGAAAAUGGAUGCAUGCACCGCGUUAACGGCUGAAAUCUGCAACCUCAUCAGCAAGCGGCUAGAGAAUGUAGAUGAAAUCUUUAACGAUCAACUUGAGAAGGAAAGGGUGAGGAUGGUGCUUAAUAAAGAAGAGCAUGAGUCAGUCUUUGGAAACUCAGAAACAGAAACUGUCCUCUCAGAGUCAUUACCAGACUCCAACGCAAGCUCAAGAGCCACUUCCAGAUCUAGCAAACGCGCUGACGCAGAAGCAGAUCUUGCAGCCAAAAUAGAACAGGCAAAGGCGACGCAACAGAUGCGCGAGGAGCAAGCUAAGCUGAACAAACUAGAGGCAGAAAUUAAACUGAAGUUGGAUGAGGAAAAGACAAGACUACAACAGCUACAAGCAGAAAAUGAAGUCAAGGUAGCUGCAGCAAGAGUGAAAGCCUACAACGCUUAUGAUAGUCUUGAAAUUUACGAACAGGAGACAGACCACAAUGUGCAAUACCUCUGCCAAAAUAAUGAACCACGAAACUCAUUGAAUCCAAAGGCUGUGCCAUUUCAACCUUCAAAUACACCACUUGGGGUGUCAAGACCAAAUGAAGAAGUUAGUCUAACCCCAGGACUUGCAAGUCUGCUUAUCUCCAACCGUCUCCCUAUACCUGAACCAACUGUAUUCACAGGUGAUCCUUUGAAGUUCAUAGAUUGGAAGAUAUCCUUUAUGGCGCUGAUUGAUCAGAAACCACUCCCUGUGUGCGAAAAAAUGCUGUACUUGAAGAGGUAUCUCGGUGGUGAAGCUCGUAAGGCAGUGGAAGGGUUCUUCUACCGAAAUUCAGAAGAUGCCUAUCUAGGUGCUUGGGGAAUCCUACAGGACAGGUAUGGAGGUCCAUUCAUAGUGCAAAGAGCCUUCAGAGAAAGGUUGGCUAAAUGGCCAAAGAUAUCAGCAAAUGACCCUGUAGCAUUAAGAGAGUUUGCAGAUUUCCUUCAAGGUUGUGUGGAGGCCAUUCCUCAUGUUAAAGGCCUAGCUAUUCUAAAUGAUUGUGAAGAAAACCACAAGCUUCUCAAGAAACUGCCUGAAUGGAUCGUGCGCAGAUGGGGUCGCAUCGCCGUGGACGAGCUGGACAAGUCCCAAGAAUACCCAACCUUUGCUCGUUUCACAGAGUUCCUGCAAAGGGAAGCUAAGAUUGCAUGCAACCCCAUUGCCUCUCCUUUUCUCCUCAGUACCAAGACUACAGAUGAGAGAAUUCCCAAGAGAGCCAAGGCGCUCAACACAAGCACUCAAAUGAAGCCCUCUACCUUCAACGUUCCAAAUAUCUCAGCUUCAAGACCGAAACCACCUUGCCUAGUCUGCAAAGACGAAACACACGGUGUCGCUAAAUGUCUGACUUUUGCGGCAAAGACCAUCGAUGAAAAGAGGGCCUUUAUUCACGGAAACCAUCUCUGUUUUGGUUGCUUAAGAAAGGGCCACACUACAAAAGACUGCAAAGGAAGACACACGUGUAGCAUAUGCAGUCGACGUCAUCCAACCUGUUUGCACAUACAGAGAGACACUGAGCCUGUCAAGGCAUCAAACGAUGAUUCAGUAGGCAUGAGAAAUAAGGCAAACGACAACGUUCCCAAAGUUAUGUCCCAUACUUUGACAAGACAUACGUCUGCCACAUCCUGCAUUGUUCCAGUUCUGUUGUCAGCUACUACGGAGCCUCAGAGGGAAAUCCUCACUUAUGCCUUACUUGACACACAGAGUGAUUCAACCUUUAUUCUGGCAGACCUGGUAUCGAAGUUAAGUGUGAGCACCAAGCCAUUACAGCUAAGGCUCAGCACAAUGACAGCGGUUGACACAGUUAUUUCAAGCCAAAUUGCUCACGGUCUGCAAGUGCGUGGCUUCAACUCCGAAGUUCAAGUCCAACUCCGUCAAGCCUAUACAAGAGAUUUCAUUCCAGUAGAUAAGUCUCACAUCCCCACUAAGGAGACUGCACUCCAGUGGUCACACCUCAAACACUUGGCAAACAAGUUACAGCCACUUCAAGAUUGCGAAGUAGGACUACUGAUCGGUUAUGACUGCCCAUCAGCACUGGCUCCCUUGGAGGUUGUUAUCGGCUCCGAAAAUGAACCCUUCGCUCAAAAAACUAUGCUCGGCUGGAGCAUUGUAGGAUCAGCAAAUCCACAUCUUGAUAGACAGGGUAGCCAGAGCUUCGUACACAGAGUCGCAGUGAAAGAAAUGCCAAUGCCGCCGGUCGCUGAUGUGUUAAAGGCUUUAGAAAUGGACUUCAUUGAAAGAAAUUAUGAAGAUAAGUACGUGUCUCAAGAUGAUGUUCGCUUCGUGCAGUUUCUCUCGGAAACUAUAAUGAAAAGGAAAGAUGGACACUACGAGAUGCCGUUACCCUUCAAAGACAACAGUCAACUGGCACUACCAAACAAUAAGAGGCUGGCCCUUAUUCGACUUCAUCAUCUAAAGAAAAGAUUAAAGGGAAAUAGACAGUACCAUGAACACUACACUGCAUUCAUGGAAGAAACAAUCAGAAAAGGUGAUGCAGAACCAGCCCCUUCAUUAUCAGAGGAAGAGACAGUGUGGUACAUCCCACAUCACGGGGUUUAUCACCCCAAGAAGCCAGACAAGUUAAGAGUUGUCUUUGAUUGUUCAGCAAAGUUCAAAGGCAUCUCCCUAAACGAUACCUUGCUGACAGGUCCCGACCUGAUAAACUCUCUAGUGGGAGUCCUCUGUCGCUUCAGGAAGGAAGCAGUUGCUGUGAUAUGCGACAUUGAAAAGAUGUUCCAUCAGUUCUAUAUCCCCUCAGAAAUGCGCAAUUACUUAAGGUUCCUUUGGUGGGAGAACGGUCAGUUGGAAACAGAACCGAAAGAAUACAGAAUGGCAGUUCACCUUUUCGGUGCCAGCUCCUCUCCAGGAUGUGCCAAUUUCGGCCUUAAGUAUCUUGCACGACAACACAAGUCAGAACAUCCCUCAGCAUCAGCCUUCAUCGAGAAGAACUUUUAUGUCGACGACGGCCUAACUAGCGUUCCAACAGUCAGCGAAGCUUCGAAUCUAAUCCUCGAAACUCAAGGAUUAUGUAAAAAUGCCGGCCUACGACUGCAUAAGUUCAACUCUAAUAAAAGGGACGUCCUGUCCUGUAUUGCUCCGUCAGAAAGAGCAACAACUAGUGUGCCUGUCAAACUUAGCCCAGACUCAACAACAGAAGGACAAGUACUUGGCAUUCAGUGGUCAAUUGAAAACGACACCUUCAGUUUCAGUGCUGACAUAAAGCAUCAACCCUCAACUCGUCGUGGUAUCCUGUCAGUCGUAGCCUCCCUUUAUGAUCCUCUAGGCUUCAUAGCCCCCUUCAUACUGAGUGGCAAGUGCAUUCUCCAAGAGCUUUGCCGCAGAGGCAUCAGUUGGGAUGAAGCACUUCCUGAGAGCUUAUGUCCACGGUGGGAGGCUUGGAAGAGUAGUCUGCAAGCUUUAAGGGAAAUCAAGAUACCCAGAUGUUACCAUCCCCCAGACUUUGGUAACAGAAUGAAAGUGGAACUACACCACUUUUCCGAUGCCAGCAACAUAGGAUAUGGUGCCUGUUCGUACCUUAGGUACAAAAAUGACAGAGAUCAAGUCGAUUGCAGCUUCGUAAUGGCCAAGGCAAGAGUUGCACCAACGAAGAUUGUGAGCAUCCCAAGGCUUGAACUCUCAGCUGCCGUCACUGCAGCAAGGUUGAGUGUCAUGUUGAAGGCAGAACUUGAAAUAGAAGUUGACAAAGAGUUCUUCUGGACAGACUCCCAAGUAGUCUUAGCCUAUAUCAAUAACGAAGCAAAAAGGUUUCACGUGUUUGUAGCCAAUCGUGUUCAACUCAUAAGAGAGAUUACAGAUCCAACCCAGUGGCAUUAUGUGGAUACGACACAAAACCCAGCCGACCAUGCAUCCAGGGGUCUACAUGUAGCGGAUAUCUCCACCUCAAGUUGGUUAUCUGGGCCUAGUUUCCUUUGGAGAUCUGAAGUGCACGCAUCUUCAAGCUCUUCAGCAGAACUAAUUGUAGGCGACCCUGAAGUCAAACCUGUUACAACCCUUGCAUCACAAGCCAAUGAACAAACUGAUACUCUAAAUCGUCUGAGCAGGUUCUCCAGUUGGUCAAUGCUCAUUAAGGUGAUUGCAAGAAUCAGGAGAAUAAAAACGAAGACGUAUCACUGCAGCAAUCUUGUGUCUGUGGAGGAACGUAAGGAGGCCGGGGAGGUAGUGAUAGGUCUAGUUCAACAGCAAGUUUUCCCCCAAGAGCUAAAACUCCUUCAAAGAGGAGAUAGUCUCCCAAGUUCAAGCCCUCUUAGCUGCCUUGACCCCAUUCUGGUUCAAGGACUUCUUCGUGUUGGUGGAAGGCUCUCAAGAUCAACUCUUAGUCAAGAAACAAAGCACCCAGUCAUCCUCCCAAAAGAAGGGCACAUUACCCAGUUAAUCCUGUCCCACUAUCAUGCAGCCAUUCAUCACCAGGGCCGCAGCCAAACUCUAACAGAACUCAGAGCAAAUGGAUUUUGGGUGCUUGGUGGAAGCAAGUCAGUUGCCAAGUUAAUACAUAAAUGUGUACAGUGUCGAAAGCUCCGGCGUCCCACAGAGGAACAGCGUAUGUCAGAGCUCCCCGAAGAACGCGUAGAAGUUUCAGCUCCCUUUACAUACUGUGGUAUGGACUGUUUUGGUCCCUUUAUCACCAAACAAGGUCGAAAGGAAUACAAGAGGUAUGGUCUAAUCUUCACAUGCUUCUCCUCACGUGCAGUCCACAUCGAAAUGCUUGAAGAUUUAUCUACAGAUUCCUUCAUCAAUGCCUUAAGGUGUUUCAUCAGUUUAAGAGGAGCCGUUUGCCAACUUCACUGUGACCAAGGCACAAACUUCACAGGAGCAAAGAACGAACUUAAAGAAGCCCUGAAGCAAUGCGACACAAAGGCACUAGAAACUUUCCUAGCUGAUAAACAGUGUGAGUUUAUCUUCAAUGCUCCUUCCGCAAGUCAUGCAGGUGGAGUCUGGGAACGUCAAAUUAGAACCAUUCGUAAUGUGCUAAAUGCUACAACAGUCCAAUGUUCAAGUAGACUAGACGAUGCUUCUCUUAGAACGCUAUUUUAUGAAGCCAUGGCCAUUGUUAACAGCCGUCCUUUAACUGUCGAUGGAAUCAAUGACCCCAAGGCGCCAGAACCUCUAACUCCAAACCACCUCAUCCUGAUGAAAUCCAAGGUUGCAUUACCUCCACCUGGGAAAUUCGUAAAGGAAGACGUAUAUGCAGCUAAACGGUGGCGUAGAGUGCAAUAUUUAGCAGAACAAUUCUGGAGUCGGUGGAAAAGAGAAUACCUCAUGAGUGUUUCCACAAGACAGAAAUGGCACACACCUCGACGUAACCUCAAAGUAAAUGACAUUGUCAUAAUCAAAGAUGAUAUGUCUCCCAGAUGCCAGUGGCAACUAGGACGUGUAAUUGAAACUACAAUAGAAAAGGAUGAUCUAGUUCGUCGAGUCAAGGUGUUAGUAGGUGACAGAAGAUUGCAAGAUAAGAAGGACUAUGUAUCAAAACCUUCAAUUAUUGAACGUCCUAUUCAAAAGCUAGUAGUCCUCAUAGAAAGCAAAUAAGUUCAGUUUUAGUGAUACACUAGCAUACCACCACACAAGACAGUAGCCAGUCACAGAGGUACCUAUAAGCUAAAUUGUGUAUGAUGUACCAUGUUUUAUAGCGGCCAAGGUUAUGUUCUGUAAAUUAUGUAUGACUUUUAGGUUAUGUUCAUCAUAACAUAAUUUGGUGGGAGUGUAACUGUCCGCUUAUCAUUGUGGAUCUAGUUCAGCACUUACUGCUGGGUGGAACAUUUCUGCCUCCCUUUGGUUCCCUGGGGAAUGUUUUGAUCAGCAGGAUUACAAGACCACUCCUUCUUCCUGUCUUAGAAAGAAAGCCUUUUCCUGUAUCUCAGAUGCCACAUGUUAGCUGUCUGCAUAGGAUUUCAUGGAAGAUGUCUGCAGAAAAUCCCUAAAGCUUAAAGUUUGUACCCCCCUUGGCAAGUGGAUCGAGUUUUCACGGUGCUAUGGUGCUAUGGUGCUAUGGUGCUAUGGUGCUUACGAUAUUCAUGUUUACGGUGCUCAAGGAGAUAAAGAAAAUAAUAUUCAACCCUGCUGCGCACCUUUGUUCCGAAAUAAUAAAACUACUGCACCCGUCA